CCCCAAUGACACUCUCAUCCCACAUCGACUCCGACGAACUGGAAGGCAAGAUCCUCGAGGCCGAGUCUCCGGCCAAUAAGCUUGUCAACAAGUAUAUCAGUGCCAAGAAGCAAUUCCACAAUAAGCGUGCCGAGGAGAAGCCUGCCAGCAAGAUUGUAUCUAAGUUCCGGGGCAUUGCCGAAAAAUACAGGAUCCAGGAGGAUGGGAUGGAACCAAGACAGGUGUAUGAGAUUCUACACGACGAAUUGACCCUGGAUGGCACCACGACACUCAAUCUGGCCUCAUUUGUCAACACCCACGUAGAAAAAGAGGCCGAACAGCUGAUCAUCGAAAAUCUAACAAAGAACCUUGCCGACAACGACGAGUACCCAAUCCUGCUGGAGAUGCAGCAAAGAUGCAUUUCGAUUCUGGGAAAUAUGUGGAAUGCCCCCGUCAAUCUGGAAAACGGGGCUCUCGGAACCGCCUGCACCGGCUCAUCCGAGGCCAUCAUGUUGGGAGGACUUGCCAUGAAAAAAAACUGGCAGGCCAAACGCAAAGCAGCAGGAAAGGAUUACCACCAUCCAAACAUCCUCAUGGCAUCCUGCUGCCAGGUAGCCCUGGAAAAAUUUGCCAGGUAUUUUGACGUCGAGGAACGGAUAAUUCCCGUGUCCAACACAGACUUUUUGCUCGAUUACGAACUGGUCAGACGCAACCUGGACGAAAACACGAUCGGCGUUUUUGUUAUUCUGGGUUCCACGUACACAGGGGGCUUCGAAAGUGUUGAGAAAGUCAAUGAUAUUUUGCAGGAAUACGAGGACGAGACCGGUCAUUUUAUCCCUAUCCACGUGGACGCCGCGUCCGCCGGAUUCCUUGCCUCGUUCGUGUACCCAGAUCUUGUGUGGGACUUCAGAAUCCCCCGCGUGGUGUCGAUCAAUACAUCGGGCCACAAAUUUGGUCUUGCUACCGCAGGUCUUGGUUGGGUCGUUUUCCGUAGCAAGGAUUGGCUACCAGAAGAGCUCAAAUUUCAACUACAGUAUCUUGGUGGACUGGAAGAGUCUUUCACCAUCAACUUCUCUAGACCAGGCUACCAGGUCAUCCACCAGUACUUCAACUUCCUCCAUCUGGGCCGAAAGGGAUACUAUGAAAUUUUCGACAACUGCCUAACAAACGCACGCAUAUUGUCGAGAUUCUUAGAGGAAACUGGAAUUUUUGUCUGUGUCUCAAACCUGCACCUGCCUAAGGGUCACACAGCACGCGGCGCACCGCAGGAGGCCCCAAGUCCCGUCAGCCACCAUGCCUAUUUGUCGGACCACAACUACUAUAACCCUGCACUCCCUGUUGUUUCCUUCCAACUUUCGAAGGAGUUUACCGAUGCGUACCCGGAAAUUCCACAAUCCCUGGUGUCUUCUCUGCUGAGAAACCGCAAAUGGAUCGUUCCAAACUAUGGUCUUCCAAAAACAUCCAAACAGGACGAGAAUGAGAACAACGAGAUCCUCAGAAUCGUGACCAAGUACAACUUGACGUCCCAGCUGCUGGACAAACUUAUGCACGACAUUGUCGAGGUUAUGGAGGUUCUCAUGAAAUCUGUUGCACUGGUCAGAAAGAACGUCGAGAAGCUAAAAGCUGGAUCCAAAGAACUAGACAAUGACAUGUUGUACAACAUGCUCCUUUCUAUUGCCAAUGACGGCAAUGAGAAGCUGAUUAAACUGAAAAACACACCACCAGAGUCCAAACACAACUCAUUCAGAGGCCCUUGCUAGAGAAUACGGCCAAUUUUCUUUUUUGCAGAGUUCAUUUUUUGCUGCGAGCUGUCGACUUGAUUGUCCAAGCCUUGAAGUAGUUCAUUUUGUACACUGAGUUCCUCGUUGAUAGUCAAUCCGAUCUGCUUUUGCCUAUUGAGUAUGCUGCGUAGCUGAUCCAGAUCUGUAUCCUGUUUGUUCAUCAGUAGCUGCUGUUGCUGAUACAGUUGUUCGUUGUCUAGUGGUUUCGUGGCCUCUGUCUCCUUGGCUUUGCCUAAACUUCUUUUAAAUGUAGGUUUCUCGGUAUUAGUGGCCACUCCCCUUGAUAAAACACGCAGUUCGUCGCACUCACGACGCUGCUGGUCCACAAGAGCCUUACGCCGCCUCACCUCGCCUGCUCCAAGCUCAUCAUUGAGCACAUAUUUACUCAGUUGGUCGAUUUUAGUCUCACAGGUGUCCAGGAUGCGCUUACACUCAAAAAGGUUGGCCUGUUUUGCGAAAAGCUUCGACCUUACACUUUGGAGUAAAGAUUUAACUUCCUUUGAGACCUCCAACCACUCGACUGGUGACAACUUCGGUAAUUCCUUUUCCUGUGUGAAUGUGUUUUCUGGUAGAUAGAGAAACUCGCCUACCAGCUUGUGCGUCCUGAGCUGCUCAUCAUUAAGAAGCCCGUUCAAAAACUCCGCCAGCCCAACUCGCCGCUGCUCUAUAGUUGUUGCGCGGCUCUGAUACAACGCGGUGAAUUUGGAAGGCAAGCUAUAGGGAAUGGUUUUGUGCAAAGUGUCCUCCAAUUCCUUCUUAAACUCCACAAAAUCGCUGAAACGCUUGCUCAGCUUGUGCACAUGGACACCAGACUCAAAUUGUAUUUCUAUGUUGUAGAGAUGGUAGUCGUUUAGCACUAUGGUGCUGGG